AUGGGGCACAGGGGGCUCAGCUUCCACCCCAAGCGGCCCUGGAUCCUCACCAGCCUCCACAAUGGGGUCAUCCAGCUGUGGGACUAUCGCAUGUGCACCCUCAUCGACAAGUUCGACGAGCACGACGGACCCGUCCGAGGAAUUGAUUUCCACAAACAGCAGCCCCUGUUUGUUUCUGGAGGUGACGAUUACAAAAUAAAGGUCUGGAAUUACAAACUGCGCCGCUGCCUCUUCACGCUGCUGGGGCACCUGGAUUACAUCAGGACCACCUUCUUCCACCAUGUGAGUCCUCCUGCUCCCUGGGUGGGACAGGGAAUCCUUCCCUGGGAUGGGUUUGCCCGAGCUCGUUGCCUUUGUGUCCUGACAGGGCACAACCACUAUGUGAUGUGUGCCCAGUUCCACCCCUCGGAGGACCUGGUGGUGUCUGCCAGCCUGGAUCAGACCGUGAGGGUUUGGGAUAUCUCUGGCCUGAGGAAGAAGAACCUGUCCCCUGGAGCCGUGGAGUCGGAUGUCAGGGGGAUCACGGGCGUGGAUUUGUUCGGGACGACGGACGCGGUGGUGAAACACGUCCUGGAGGGCCACGACAGGGGGGUGAACUGGGCCGCCUUCCACCCCACCAUGCCCCUGAUCGUGUCGGGGGCCGACGACCGGCAGGUGAAGAUCUGGAGGAUGAACGAGUCCAAGGCCUGGGAGGUGGACACGUGCCGGGGCCACUACAACAACGUGUCGUGCGCCGUGUUCCACCCGCGGCAGGAGCUGAUCCUCAGCAACUCCGAGGACAAGAGCAUCCGGGUCUGGGACAUGUCCAAGCGGACGGGCGUCCAGACCUUCCGGCGCGACCACGAUCGCUUCUGGGUGUUGGCUGCUCAUCCCAACCUCAACCUCUUUGCUGCAGGCCACGACGGGGGCAUGAUCGUGUUCAAGCUGGAGCGGGAGCGCCCCGCCUACGCCGUGCACGGGAACAUGCUCUACUACGUCAAGGACCGCUUCCUCCGCCAGCUGGACUUCAACAGCUCCAAGGACGUGGCUGUCAUGCAGCUCAGAAGUGGUUCCAAGUUCCCUGUGUUCAACAUGUCCUACAACCCGGCCGAGAACGCCGUCCUGCUGUGCACUAGAGCCAGCAACUUGGAGAACAGCACUUACGACCUCUACACCAUUCCCAAGGAUGCUGACUCCCAAAAUCCGGAUGCUCCCGAAGGGAAGCGCUCCUCGGGGCUCACGGCUGUCUGGGUGGCUCGGAACCGCUUCGCCGUCCUCGACCGGAUGCACUCGAUCCUCAUCAAAAACCUGAAGAACGAGAUCACAAAGAAGGUGCAGGUGCCCAACUGUGAUGAGAUUUUCUACGCUGGCACCGGGAACCUUCUGCUGCGCGACACCGACUCCAUCACCCUCUUCGACGUGCAGCAGAAACGGACUCUGGCCUCGGUGAAGAUCUCCAAGGUGAAGUACGUGAUCUGGUCGGCCGACAUGUCCCACGUGGCCCUGCUGGCCAAGCACGCCAUCAUGAUCUGCAACAGGAAGCUGGAGUCUCUCUGUAACAUCCACGAGAACAUCCGUGUCAAGAGCGGGGCCUGGGACGAGAGCGGGGUCUUCAUCUACACCACGAGCAACCACAUCAAAUACGCCGUGACCACGGGGGACCACGGGAUCAUCCGCACCCUGGACCUGCCCAUCUACGUGACGCGGGUGAAGGGGAACAACGUGUACUGCCUGGACAGGGAGUGCCGGCCCCGCGUCCUCACCAUCGACCCCACCGAGUUCAAGUUCAAGCUGGCUCUGAUCAACAGGAAGUACGAUGAGGUGCUGCACAUGGUGAGGAAUGCCAAGCUGGUGGGCCAGUCCAUCAUUGCCUACCUGCAGAAGAAGGGCUACCCAGAGGUGGCCCUGCACUUUGUCAAGGACGAGAAGACCCGUUUCAGCCUGGCCCUGGAGUGUGGCAACAUCGAGAUUGCUCUGGAAGCAGCCAAAGCUCUGGAUGACAAGAACUGCUGGGAGAAGCUGGGAGAGGUGGCCUUGCUGCAGGGGAACCACCAGAUCGUGGAGAUGUGCUACCAGCGCACCAAGAACUUCGACAGGCUCUCCUUCCUCUACCUCAUCACAGGCAACCUGGAGAAGCUGAGGAAGAUGAUGAAGAUUGCCGAGAUCCGUAAGGACAUGAGUGGGCACUACCAGAACGCCUUGUACCUGGGGGACGUGGCAGAGAGAGUGAGGAUCCUGAAGAACUGUGGGCAAAAGUCCCUGGCCUAUCUCACAGCUGCCACUCACGGUCUGGAUGAGGAAGCUGAAAGCCUGAAGGAAACCUUUGAUCCUGAGAAGGAGACGAUCCCGGACAUCGAUCCCAACGCGAAGCUGCUGCAGCCUCCUGCUCCUGUCAUGCCUUUGGACACCAACUGGCCACUGCUGACUGUCUCCAAGGGCUUCUUCGAGGGGACAAUUGCUAGCAAAGGCAAAGGAGGUGCUUUGGCUGCCGACAUCGACAUCGACGCCGUGGGCACCGAGGGCUGGGGAGAAGAUGCAGAGCUGCAGCUGGAUGAAGAUGGUUUUGUGGAUGCUGGAGAGGGCUUUGGAGAGGAAGGUCUGGGGAAAGGGCAGGAAGAAGGAGGUGGAUGGGAAGUGGAAGAAGAUUUGGAUCUUCCCCCUGAACUGGACGUUCCCGCUGGUCCAGCAGGAGCAGCAGAGGAUGGAUUCUUUGUGCCUCCCACCAAGGGCACCAGCCCAGCUCAGGUGUGGUGCAACAAUUCCCAGCUGCCUGUUGACCACAUCCUGGCAGGCUCCUUUGAGACAGCAAUGAGGCUGCUCCAUGACCAGGUGGGAGUGACCAACUUUGGGCCCUACAAGCAGCUGUUCCUGCAGACCUUUGCCCGGGGCCGGACGACCUACCAGGCGCUGCCCAGCCUGCCGGCCAUGUAUGGGUUCCCACAUCGCAACUGGUGAGCACUGGGCAGCCCCUCCGGGCCCCCUCCCCUGUGCCAGGGACCUCCCAGCUCCUGGGCAGGGGGAGCCACAGCUUGGUUUUUCCAGCCUAACCUGGAACACUUCCAGUCCUCCCCACUCCCGGCAGUGGUUGUAUCCCCGUUUGUCCCAUGCAGUGCUUGUAUCCCUGUUUUCCCUCCUUCCCCAGCAGGGACAGGUUCCCUGCAGCACUUCCAGUCUCCCCCCUCCCGGCAGUGGCUGUAUCCCUGUUUUCCCUGCUCCCUCCUGCAGAUGGCUGCCUACUUCACCCACUCCAACCUGCAGCCCGUGCACAUGAUCCUGGUGCUCCGAACCGCCCUCAACCUCUUCUUCAAGCUCAAGAACUUCAAGACCGCGGCGACUUUCGCCCGGAGGCUGCUGGAGCUGGGCCCCAAGCCCGAGGUGGCCCAGCAGACGCGCAAGAUCCUGUCGGCGUGUGAGAAGAACCCCACGGACACCCACCAGCUCAACUAUGACAUGCACAACCCCUUCGACAUCUGUGCCGCCUCCUACAGACCCAUCUACCGCGGCAAACCCGUGGAGAAGUGUCCUCUCAGCGGGGCCUGCUACUGCCCCGAGUUCCACGGGCAGAUCUGCCGCGUCACCACGGUGACGGAGAUCGGCAAGGACGUCAUCGGGCUGCGCAUCAGCCCUCUGCAGUUCCGUUAGGAAUUCCUGCCUGGGAGGGCAAAUUCCACUCCCCCAUCCCCACCUGUAGCCUCACCUCUCCCCCAUAGCCUUGCCUGUGCUGUCCCACUUGAUCUCCCCCCCCAGGAAUGCUGUAGUGAGACUCUGCUUCCAGGUAGUCGCAGCUUUUCCUUGUUUCCAGACCGGCUGGUGUGAAGUUUUUCUGGACCGUUGUCCUGUGGCAAAUCUUUUCCAGAGGGGAAAGGGCGGCUCUGCCGAGCCCUGAUUACCACAGAGCACGUUGGAAACUGCUCCAGAGGCAGCAGCUGCCUCUGACACCCUUUAGGUCCUGAAAGAAUUGCUUGGAAGAGCCAGGAAAGGCUCUGGGAAUGUGGUGCUGUCGGGAACUGGGACAGUGCAAAGCCCAUCCCAACUCCAGGGCAGUUCUCCCCCCUUGGAAAUGGCAUUGGCUCAACAUUUGUGGUCGUGGUGACUCUUUGUUUUGUUGUCCUGGUAACAUUUCUCAAACUAAUCAGCUUCACUCAUGAAUAAAGUAAUUAAACCACC